AUGGGAACAGAAGCCGUAACCAUCACGACCUUCCUGUGCCAAGACGAGACAGAGUCAACAGAAUUCGAGAAGAAUCAGAAACGGUACCAAGACCUAAUCUCCACGUUUUCUCACUCCAAAGGCUGGAGACCCGAAGAAUCGCUAAUCGAGCAUGGUGGUCACUGGUUCAUACAGCGUCGCCUGGAAGGUUGCCUUCACGCGCAAGACUUCUUCCAAAUGCGAGCUAGUGACUUAAUGCUGUGUAGCCACCCAAAGACAGGUACGACUUGGCUCAAAGCUCUAACUUUCUCCAUUGUCAAUCGGUCCCGCUUCGACGAGUCCUCAAACCCUUUCCUAAAACGCCACCCUCAAGAGUUUGUGCCUUACAUUGAGAUCGACUUCCCUUUCUACCCUGAAGUUGAUGUUCUCAAUGACAAAGGAAACACUCUGUUCGCGAGUCACUUGCCACACGGGUUAUUACCCGAUUCGGUUGUGAAGUCCGGUUGUAAGAUGGUUUACAUAUGGAGAGACCCAAAGGACACUUUCAUCUCCUUGUGGUUUUUCCUCAGCAAGGAAAAGUCAAAACGUGGCCCUCUCAACAAUCUUGAGGAGUCUUUUGAUAUGUUCUGUCGAGGUUUGUCUUAUUACGGUCCUUAUCUAGAUCAUGUUAUGUCGUAUUGGAAAGCUUACCAAGAGAAUCCAAAACGGAUGUUGUUCCUCAAGUACGAGACUAUGAGAGCCAAUCCUUUGCCCUAUGUGAAGAUGCUGGCUGAGUUCAUGGGUUAUGGAUUCACUAUAGAAGAAGAGAAGAAAGGAGUUGCUGAGAAAUUGGUGAAUCUUUGCAGCUUUGAAACGUUAAAGAAUCUUGAAAGUAACAAAGGGGAGAAAGAGAGAAAGGACCGUUAUACUAUUUUUCCAAACAGUGCAUAUUUCAGGAAGGCUAAGGUGGGAGAUUGGCAGAACUAUUUGACUCCGGAGAUGGCAGCUCGGAUCGAUGGAUUGAUGGAAGAGAAAUUCAAGGAUACUGGUUUGCUUGAACAUGGUAAAAUGAUCAAUGAUUAUUGA